UGAAAUUAAAACCCAGUGCUGUUAGCAGUCUGGGGCAGGAGCUGAUUCUCCUAAAUUUUUCUGUGUUUCAGCCGGCUGGAAGCCCUUCCCUGGGUGCAACAUGAUCAGAGAGCUCAUCCUGUGCUGCUGCGUGCUGGCUCUGCAUGCGGGACCAACGGAAGAUCCCACAGCAGCGCCUCAGUUUCGCAGGGUGGAUAUCGUCCUGGGCUGCUCCUACGUGUGGGAUGGAGGAUCGCUGCAUGGCUUCGGUGGCUCGCUCUCCGAGCACCCUGCUACCCUAGUGCUUAGGGGUAUCAGUGUCAGAGAUGACGGGAGCUUGGGAGAUGUAACUGACUACGAAGUCCCACGGGGAAAUCCUGACUCCUCUCCUCCUGUCGUCUUUGAAGCCUCAGCCCAGUCAGUGUCUGUCCCACACGCAGAGGCCCUGCUGCAUAUGGACUGCAAUGGGGAGGAGGUGAGCUGCGAGCUCUCCCUGUACAGCUCCCGGCGGGAUGGCGAGGGGCCCUGCCGUGCCUCCUGGUUCAUGGCCACUCUGCGGCUCUCCAGUGGUAUCAGCAUCGCCCUGGUGCUCAGAGGACCCUGCCCCGGUGGCCAGGAGGAAGAGGGACAUGAUGCAGUGCUGCACCCAAAGCUGAGGAUUCCUAUGAGCAAGGAGGGGAUGUUGCUGACCACAGUUGAAUUUCAGUCAUCAUCAAGCAACACUUCCCUGCGCACACGUCUCGGUGGCUCUGUUACCCUCGACUGCCGCUUUGCCUUGGCCCCCAGCUCCACGCUGUCCUCCCUGGAGUGGAGGAGGCAGCACCGAGGCAGAGGCCGGAGCGUUUACCAGUACCAGGUGGGGAGCACAGGCCCUGCAAUGCAGCCAAAAGUCCACGUGGACAUGGCACAACUGGGGAGUGGAGACGCAUCACUGAGCCUGCAUGGAGUAACUGUGGAUGACGAAGGGAUGUACAUCUGUCUGGUGUCCACUGCACAGCACCAGGCCCAGCAUAACAUCCAGCUGCUUGUGGCUGAGCCCCCAAGGGUCCGUGUGCUUCCAUCAGUGGUGUCAUUCGAGAGCGAUGAGACAAUUACACUGUCCUGCAUCAUUUCUGGCUACUAUCCCCUGGAUGUCUCGGUGAGCUGGACACAGAGGUCUCCUGAGCAUGAAGCGGAAAUCCGUCUCUCAGACACACGUUUCUCCAGUCACCGACAAAACCAGGAUGGCACCUACAGCAUCACCUCCUACCUCAGCCUCAGCUCUGCCACAGCGCAAGCACCGGUCACCUACACCUGCCAUGUUUCACACGUGGCUCUGGAGGAGCCCAUCUCUGUUAGUGCCCUUCUGAAGGAGCCAGAGCACAAAGGAUGGGAAGGACUGAUGGGGGUGCUCAUUGCCACUGCCAUUUUCAUCGCUGUCCUCUUCGCUGUGCUCAGACGGAAAAGAGCAGCUAAGCCAAAGUCUGAGCAACUUCUAACGGUUUCGGAGUAAAAGAAGCUCUUGUGUCACCCACCUCCCCUCCUUUGUCUCCCUUCUCUUGACACAUCCUGCUCAGGAGAGUCAGCCUUGCCCAGAUAUUGGCCAAAAGCUAUCGGUCAGUAUGGGAAUGGUAGGACUGCCCUUGCUGGAGGAGCUGAGUGGCCAUUCAGAGACGGAGUCUGAAAAGAAACACUGGAAAAUGUGCCUUCAUCUCGGGAGGGCAACACUGACAGCCUCAGCUCUUUGCUGGGAUGCUGUGUUAGAUGGAACACGCACACAUUUUUAGAAAUUACCCUUCUUCAAUUUCAGGGAAAAAUAGUUUGUAUAUAGAUGAGUGCUUGUAUUACUGUAUGUGUGUGUGUGCCCAUAAAGAUAUGUGUAUGUACAUGCAGAUGUUUUAAAAAGGUAUACAACGUAUUUGCACAAGUUGUAUGUAGGUAUGUGUUGCAAAUAUGCAUAAGUACAUUUGGGUAAUAUUAAGGUUUUUAAGGAAGAUAUUUAUUUUUUAAUGUAUGUAUAUGUUUUCUCUGCAGUGUUGGACAAAUAAGUAGGCAAAAUUGGUACUUCAAAAUGGUUAACCCUCAAACUGGGGUAAGUUAUGGCUUAAACUGAUUGCAUGUCUAGCAGUCAGAAAAAUACAAAGAAAAUUCUCCAUUGAAAAGUUACAAUAUUUUUUUUAAUAGAAAUUUCACUGGUAGAAGUUUAUAGGGUGGAAAAGAUCCGUGGUUCUGUACUUGUGAAAAAGACAGACUCAAUUAAAAGCCUUUUCUGCCUAACAGGGAAUUUGAAGGUAACACUCAGAAAUCUUGUGUAUAACCAAUGGGAAUAAAUAAAUAAAUAGCAGAAGGAAGGUGUUGAUGGAAAGAAGGUUAAUGGUACACAAGUGAGAAGUUAUGAAGCAUACAUGAAGCAUACAAACUGAUAAGGACUGCUCAAAAUAUCUGGGAAAAAUGGAUUGCUGCAACUGCUAAAGGCUUUUGGAAGAAUUUUUACAAAAUAUGUUGGACUCCAAGAAAUCCUAGCAACAGCCUCUUACCAGGGGGAUAUAGGUAAAGCUGUUAACAGAGAAGAUUUCAGAUGGAGACUUUUUGAUACAGAGAAGAUAAAUGUAAAAAAAAGUAGAAUGUAAAAAGAAGUAGAAUUAUGUAUCCAGAUUACAUGAGAAGAGUAACAACUUUCUAAUCUACCUGUGAAGUAAGGAGGGUUUUUAACAGCUUUUAUUAAGCUUAUGUAUUUUCAGAUCAGUAGGCCAAGAUAAUUUGCAUCUCAACAUCAUAAAAGAUUGGGCUGAGAAGGUGUCUGGUCCAAUGGAGUUAGGUAUUUAAACAUUCUGGAAUACUAGAGAAAUUCCAAGGUAUUGAAGAGUAAGUUGUGCCAGUGUUCCUAGACAAAACUACAUGACUGUUAAAUAGCAAUAGUCAUAGUUAAGACAGUGUGAAGCUAAUACAAAUCAGCUAAAAACAGCUUCAAAAAUGAAAAUAAUAUUAAUAAUUUCGUAUGUUGCUGUAUUUUCAAAAAAGUUGUG